AUGCACAUCUCAACAUAUUUCGCCUGUAUUCUUCUUGGAAUUACUCUAUGCUAUGGAGUUCCAGUUAAGAAAUCGAAUGGUUGUGGUUACGAUGCAUGUAACUUAGGUGAUCCAAUGAAACUCAAUGUUCAUAUGGUUCCACAUACACAUGAUGAUGUUGGAUGGUUAAAAACAGUUGAUCAAUAUUUUUAUGGAGCUCGUAAUUAUAUACAACAUGCGGGCGUACAAUACAUACUUGAUUCAGCUAUCCGUGCUCUCGAUCAAAAUCCUGAUCGACGCUUCAUCUAUGUUGAAAUCGGCUUUUUCUGGCGUUGGUGGAGUCAACAAACUGAUGACAUGCGUAAUAAAGUGAAACAGUUUGUCAAUGAUGGUCGUCUCGAAUUUAUUUCCGGUGGUUGGUGCAUGAACGAUGAAGCAUCAACACAUUACAAUUCCAUCAUCGAUCAACAUAGUUUAGGAGCUGAAUUUUUACGUGACAAUUUCGGUGAUUGCGGUCGACCUAAAAUCGGUUGGCAAAUCGAUCCAUUCGGUCAUUCACGUGAACAAGCUUCACUUCUUGCACAAGUAAAUUAG